AGAAGAUUACAUAUGGAUAGACAAAAUAGUUUUCCAUCUUUUUUUUACCUCCGUAUCAAAGAACUCAAGCAUAUUAAGAUCUUGCAAACCAGCUCCUGCAUUCACUUUAGAAAGAACUUUUCCUUUACUGUAGUCUUGUAUGAAAGGCUGUAUGGGAAGCAAAGUUAGUGAAAUCCAUGUUUCAAUGAAAAGGUCAGGGCGUCAAAUAAAACCAAACACAAAAUACAUUCAAGACGAUGACAAAAAUUCAGGUGGCCCAAAAAAGGAAUGUGGACGAUCAGGUUGCCUGGCAACUCGUCCCAUUUGUUUUGCUAGAGUAUCUGAAAGAUGUGCAGGAUCUAACUGGACUUCUAGAUGGUACCAUAUAACACCAGGGGAACACUACUGUAAUGAAUGUUUUGAGUUUUUCUACAGAAGUCACAAAGCAGGCUAUGCUGAAUAUGACAAAUGGAAGAGAUUGUGGGCAGCCAAGGCUAGAACUGAAGCUUCUGUUACAUCAAUGAUGAUUGACCAAGUUCUUCCUUACUGGGUGCAGUGUCGAGCUUCUGGUUGUGGGAAAUGGCGGCAACUCACAAAGGAUUCAGAUCUAACUGAAGAAUUUAUUGCUACAUUUCAGUGUGGCAUGACUACCACUAAAUUAAACCCCUCGAAGAAAAUGAAGUUUACUGAUUGCAGUAUUCCACAAGAUGAGAGAGUUCACUAUGUGCAUAGUCCACUCUGGCUUAUACAUAACAAAUGCACAGCUUUUUUCAAGAAAUCCCCAGCUGCCCCUUUCCUAAGUGCCUAUUACCCAGAUGGAGUAGGAAUUAGUCCUACAGAAGCAGUAGUGGAGUUGACAAAAUCUGAGAAGGAGAAAUUGUGUCCUUACAUUGCUCCUUUCCCAAAGGGAGACCAGCCUUUGCAAGCCUUUGUUGUCACUCCUGAUAUGAUGCUAGAAUCAGAGAUUGAAGAGUUCCCUCUCAUGGCACAGGAGUGCCCCUAUGUUUACCUUGCCAUCAGAAAUCUUGUAUUAGUGAUCUGGGCGUUAAAUCCUAAAGAAUGGGUAACAAAAGAAAGAUGCAUGAGCCAACUUAUCUGUAGAGGUCUGAUUCGGGUCACCUGUAUAGAACUCCUGCCACAGAUCUUAUCAUUCCUAACGUGUAAUAACUUCAUUAAUCAGGGAUUGGUGAAACCUUCACCCACACUUGUAUAUAACACAAAUUCUCAGAACUCUGUUGUUGUAAUUGGUGCUGGUGCCAGUGGUCUAGCAGCUGCCUAUCAACUCAACUCUCAUGGAUUUGAAGUGAUAGUGCUUGAAUCCAAGGACAGACUUGGUGGCAGAGUCAAUGACAUCAUUCAGGAUGGCAUGGUGCUGCCCACUGGUGGGCAGAUGUUGAAUGGUUGCUAUAACAACCCUAUGGCUAUUAUGGCAUUUCAGAUUGGUAUUGAAUUAGAAGAACAGACAGACAUAUGCCAGCUGAUCACAGACUCUGGGGCUUUAGUAGAUGAUCGGCUAGACCGUAGAAUUGAGUUUCACUACAAUGCAAUACUAGACAUUGUGUCUGAGUGGAGGAAAAGUAAAAAAGAAGUGGCUGACGUUCCAUUGCUCUACAAGUUUAAAGAGUUGCAUGAGGAAUUUGUUCAUGAAACUCAAGGCUAUUUCUCAGUGGGCGUGUUUUUACAGGAAGAAGAGCGCUUGAUAGAUUUCCACCACAGCAGCCUGGAGUAUGCUUGUGGGACAUCUCUUGAUAAGGUAUCUGCCCUCCACUGGGACCAGAAUGAAUUAUUACCGCAAUUUGGUGGACCCCAUAUGAAGUUGACUCAAGGUUUUGGCUCAGUAUUGACUAAGCUUGGUGAAGGUCUUGAUAUUAGACUAAAUACAAAGGUUACAGAUAUAGAUUACAGUGGGCAGAAAAUAGUUGUUAAGUCAAACAGUGGAACAUUUCAGGCAGAUAAGGUGCUGGUCACACUUCCUCUGGCUGUACUGAAGGCAGGGACAGUUAAUUUCAAACCACAGUUACCUCCCUCAAAACUUAAAGCCAUCUGUUCUCUUGGUGCUGGAUUGGUGGAGAAGGUGAUGUUACAGUUUGACCACAACUUUUGGUCAAAGAAAGAAGAACUGCCAGUAUUUGGUUGUAUUCCUAAAUCAGAAUCUCAUCGAGGUCUUUUCAAUGUUUUUUACUCAUAUCAUUGUAAACAGUCAGGUAAACAUGUUCUUUCCAGUUACCUUGUGGGCAAUGGGCUUUCCCAGAUGCAGGGCAAGUCUGACGAGGAGAUAGUUCAUGUCUUUCUAGAGAUUUUAAGAAGCAUUUUCCCAGACAAGGAAAUUCCAACACCUUGUUGGAGCACAGUGACCCACUGGGCUGCUGACCCUGAUAUUAGCAUGGCUUACAGUUACAUCCCAGUGGGCUGUGAUGGUGAGGCUUAUCACGCUCUGGCAGAGACUGUUGAGGACAAAAUUUACUUUGCAGGAGAGGCCACCAAUCGUCAGUUUCCACAAACAGUCUCUGGAGCAUAUCUCUGCGGUGUUCAUGAAGCAAGGAAGAUAAUCCAGUCCUUUAAUUGAACUUCCUCCCCUUAUCCAUGGAAGUUUUGCUAAAAUGUUCUUUGUAAAUCAAAACACCACUCUUUAUGUAUGAUGAUAUGAGCAGUGCUUUCUAAUGGGCACUCCAAGGGAAUGUAAUACUUUUCUUAGUUAGCUCUUAAGAAAGGGAAACAAUUCUCUUAAUAGUAAGAACAUUAUUUUUUUAACAAUAUAUUAUUAAUGAAUUUCUGUCUCAAUUCAAAUUUUUUUCAUAAUCUUAUUUAAAGCAAGAGCUGUAGAGGUCACUUGAACUUAAGCAGUAUGUUAAGGACAACUAGACAUAGCUCUUGUAGCAUUUGGUCACCCAAAUUUUUGUCAUAAGGGAAAAGAAAUAUCUGAUGCAGUUUUGGUAUAACUUACAUAGGCAAAAUCACUCUUUAUGCAGUGUACCUGGCAGAAAGAGUGCAGUUAAUUUGAGGUUUCAUGGAUUCCCCCACCAAGCAUAGCCCUUUUUCAGUGAAUUGUUGAGAUCAUGAUUACCCUAUCAUAAAAAUGUGCUGAUGAUAUUAUCCCUUUUUAGUUUGAAGUUAAAUUCCUUCAUAGAAAUUCACAUUGAGUCUACUAGUCAACAUGGAAUGAAAGAGGAAGUCAGUUGUCAAUCUUAAUUUUCUUCUCUGGAAUUAAAUGCCUUGUAAACAAUUUAGAAAUACAAAUGAUUGGAUACCAACAGCUUAAUAUGUCAAGUUGUGGAAUUGUUUUUUUUACUACUUUAUCUUUUGUAUAUUAUACAUACAUUGGUUUAGAAUUAGUGACUUGUGUUUUUCUAAGUUUUGAGUCAUGAAUCUUAUUUAGGUUUUUAUUUAGAAAGAAACAUAAUUUGUGUAUGUUACUGCAUUAAUAAAAUUGAUUUCAAAGUGCAAACUAUAUUUAAAAAAAUGAACUAAUGGCAGCAAACUGUAUAGAAAGAAAAUAAAACGGGUUAUUUUUGUUUUGAUUGUUUAAAAUUGGAAAAAUGUCCUUGGAUGAAUGGUUUUGUUGCUUGUUUUGUUUUCGUUUAUAUUUGUGUUUUGAUUAAGUGUUUACCUUGUGAGGUUCUUCCAGCCAAAUUAUUUUCCAUGGUCAUUGUUUUUUAAAGUUCAAAAGCACUUGAAGUAAACAGCAUUGGUGACUUGUCUCUUAUCAUAGUCCCUAUAACUUUAUUUUUUGUAUGUAUUAGUCACAUUUGGAUUUAUUCCUCAUGUUUCCUAGUAUUGUAUAGGUUCAAUACUUUUGUUUAAAUGGAACUUGCAUAUUCAAAACUCAUCUGUUAGUCCCAUGUAAUUUUACUGGCACAUCUAUUAGUCCUAAGUAGACUACUUCUCUUGCCCAUAAAUUAGGUUCAAAGCCUUUCACUAUUUAUUUAGCAUCCUCCUGAAGAUUUUUUGUGUGAUGCUGGGUGUGUCCGCCCCAUUACACAACCAUCUUUGCCAACCAGUCUAGUGUUGAUUCCCUAUUACAAUAAAAAAUUAAUAAUUGCUAAACAAUUUCAAAUGCAAUAUUUGACUCAGAAAAAAGACUCAUUUUAUACAAGUAAGCAGUUUUGGAUAACAUUUACAGAUUCUUCUCUUACUUUAUGGUAUGCUUGUAAAGAUAUGCAUCUUUUGUUUUGUAAGAUGUCUGCUGAAAGUUUUGAACACAUUAAUUUUGUCACUAUAUAAAUAAUUUGUUGAUUGUGUUUUUUAUGAGUAUAGUUUACAAAAUGUUUAUCAUGUAUAUGAUUCAGUUUGUGCAACCGUGGACUAUAAUAUAUUUUGUAAUUCUAACUAUGAUGUUGUUGCAAUAAAGAUCCUCUUUAAAUAAUUAUACAAA